CCGGGGCAUUUCUAGUUUAUUUGAAAUCAAAAUUUUAGAGGAGCUCUUUCUUUGAAGCCAAUGGGUUUGGGCCACCAAGUGUUUGAUAAAAUUCCUUCAACAAUCCAAUGAUUAAUUGAGGAGGAAAGCUGUGAAUUGGACGCUUAACAAUGCAGAAGAGUAGGCUUGGAUGGCAGUUUUUAUCUCUAGUGAGACACUAUUCCAGAGUAGCUCCGCCUCCACCUGCCUAUGCCGACCCAGUCCUCCGUGUCUCCAACAGCGUUGCUUACUUGGGCGCUCCCAAACAGGGUCCAAAGCCUCGCCAACUCCUUUCCUUGCCCCCUUUCCCUGGUUAUCCUUUGCCUGGAAAGAACCCUGGCGGCACUGCUCGUGUCACUGCUAUCAGUUGGCUCAAGUAUUACUUUGAUGAAAUUCCAGAUUCCGCCAUUCAGUCCCAUUUUAACAAGGGCCUCGUUCAGAUGGAAUCCUCAAAUGCAGGUGAUACUUGUAUAGAAAGGGAUGGGUUAAUGAAACCCUUGAGAAAGAUCAAGCAUAAUGAAGUGAUGGAAGUAGGGACAAGAGUUUGGGUACCUGUAUCAAUUGCAGAGACUAGAAUCUCCAAGAGAUUUGACUGUAUACCGAGCGGAACUCUUUAUCCAAAUAAAGAUGAGAUUGACUAUUUGCAAAGGCUUGUCAAGUACAAGGACUAUGCUAUACUUGUAUUAAAUAAGCCCCCCAAGCUGCCAGUAAAGGGAAGUCUUCCUGUACAUAAUAGCAUGGAUGCAUUGGCAGCUGCAGCUCUGUCUUAUGAUCACGAUGAGGGUCCUAAACUGGUGCACCGUCUUGAUAGGGAGAGCAGCGGCCUCCUACUAAUGGGGAGAACAAAAGAAAGCGUAGCUCAUCUCCAUUGGCUGUUCAAUGACUUAAAUACAGUUAAAUCCUCAUGUAAGGCUUGGAAUGAUGCAUGUGAUGUGAAGUAUCAGCGGUUUUGGGCAUUGGUGAUAGGCACUCCAAAGGAGAAAGAAGGCUUAAUUUGUGCUCCUCUUUCAAAGAUUCUUCUUGAUGAUGGUAAGACUGAGCGUGUCAUCUUGGCUCAGAAUGUGGGUUUAGAAGCUUCUCAAGAGGCUAUAACUGAAUAUCGGGUACUAGGUCCCAUGAUAAAUGGAUGCUCAUGGAUUGAACUGCGCCCACUUACUAGCAGGAAGCACCAGCUCCGAGUUCAUUGUGCAGAAGCUCUUGGGACUCCAAUAGUUGGUGACUAUAAGUAUGGCUGGUUUGUACACCGGAGAUGGAAGCAGAUGCCCCGGGUUGAUAUUGAACCAACAACAGGGAAACCAUACAAGUUGCGAAGGCCAGAAGGUCUGGAUGUUCAAAAGGGAAGUGUAUUGUCCAAGGUUCCGUUGUUGCAUCUGCAUUGUAGAGAGCUUGUACUUCCAAAUAUUGCAAAGUUCCUUCCUGUGUUGAACAAGAAUACAGAAACCCCGCCUCCUGCCCUUAGCAUGAAGCCGGACCUCCUUCGCUUUGUAGCAACAAUGCCUAAACACAUGAAGAUUAGUUGGAAUCUGAUGUCCUCCUAUUUAGUGUAAAUAUCAAAGUGGGUAAAAUGAUUCAUAGAAUUGACAACAGCCAAACUUGGCUUUGUUGGUGGCUAUAACUGGUUGAAUUUUUGAUGAUCUGAUCUUACAUUCAUUAGCCAUACAUUCUUUCAAGUUGUCAACA